UGAUUGUUAUUCUCACAUGUAUCUGUCGCUACAGUCGAGCCGAGCCGGGCUCGCUGGCUCCGUGUCUCUUCAAGACGAGGUUAGCUGCAGUGGAACGAGAUGACGGGCAUCAUUGAUUCGCACAGACUGAAAUGAUUGAGACGAGCUGUAUCUUCCUCUCGGCUCAUUCUCUACUCGCUACUAUGAUUGUUAGUGUUUCUGAAAAGUGUCUGUGGACCAGGAGGAGGCUGCGUUUGUGUCUUUGGUUCAUGCAGAACCAACAGAGAGAUGAUAGUGAAGCCACAUACUGCGACUCUGCGCCCCUACUUAAACGCUGUGAGGGCCACUCUGCAGGCGGCCCUCUGCCUGGAGAAUUUCUCCUCGCAGGUGGUGGAGCGUCACAACAAGCCGGAGGUGGAGGUCAGGAGCAGUAAGGAGCUGUUACUCCAGCCUGUGGUGAUCAGCCGCAAUGACAAGGAGAAGGUUCUCAUUGAGGGCUCCAUCAACUCUGUCAGAGUCAGCAUUGCUGUCAAACAGGCUGAUGAGAUUGAGAAGAUCCUUUGCCACAAGUUCAUGCGCUUCAUGAUGAUGAGAGCUGAGAACUUCUUCAUCCUGAGGAGGAAACCAGUAGAGGGAUAUGAUAUUAGCUUCUUGAUUACCAACUUCCACACGGAGCAGAUGUAUAAACACAAGCUGGUGGACUAUGUCAUCCAUUUCAUGGAGGAGAUCGACAAGGAGAUAAGCGAGAUGAAGCUGUCCGUUAACGCCAGGGCCCGUAUCGUUGCUGAGGAAUUCCUCAAGAAUUUCUGAAGACAAUGUUUUUGUCUGUGGUCCCACACAAACCGGAAAACGCUCCAAGGGCCAAUCAGCAUAAAAGAGAACUAAAGGAGUAAACAGCCAAUCAGCGAAGAGAUGAGAGGAAAGUGACCAAUCUGGAGAUAACACCCUGUUACAACCGUCUGGAGCAUUUCCCUGUACUCGUGAAUAUCACUGACUGUAUAUAAUGAAAUAUUUACCAGUUUCAUUUUCAGCCACUUAGAACAAAUCCCCAAACAAAGGCGGGUCCUUAAAGUAUUAAUCAAGUUGAUAUCCAUGAGUACAGGAGUGCAGAGGACGUGCUGUGGCAAAUAGGCUUUUGUAUUUUGUCUGUGUGAGUGUGUUCUGUCACUGUUGCUACAAAUUAAAUCUCCAGAUUUCUCUGUUCAGGAAAGUAGUAUUCGUGGUGUUUGAAUCUGGAAAGAACCGACCAAAACCCAUGUAUGACAAAUAAUCAAAUAAAAAAGUCUGUUGUUUUAUA